CCCCUGCAUACACAAUUGCUGCUCCUGCAAAGUUUCAACUUUCAACUCGCUGGAGAUGUCUUGGUACAUUGGUUAGGUGUGAGGUAAGUACUUACCUAAGUAAGUACACUUACUUACGCACUUCUACGAUUGGCUGUGAACCGAGAAGCUGUGGCUGCUGCGGGGCUGGAGCUCAAGCUACGGAACCCCUCGCUCACACCCACCUACUCCCCCAUCCUGACCCGGCAACCACCGCUGACGUCGUGGGCUCCUACACAAAAAUCACGUCUGCACUCCUCCGCUUCAGUCACAGACCAUCUAUCGGUUCUCGAUCGCCAUCUCGGGGCUUGUCACUUGAACGCCAACCUUUCGGCUCUCGACCCCUGUUGCGUAUCUGAGGCAACCUACCACCACAGCCAUCGCAAUGCCAUUCCGAAUCCUCGACCUUCCGAACGAGCUCAUCCGCGAGAUCAUCCGGGCUCUUCCCUUCAAAACCGUCUUCACUAUUCAGCACGUAAACCACCGCUUCCAUGGGCUAGCACAGGACCUUCUAUACAAGAGGCUUGGCGACAUCACAAGCGACAACAGCGGCGGAGUCUGCCUCACGUCGCUGGAUGCCCUCGAGCUGCUCCGGCUGUUCAACAGGAAGCCAUACCUCGUGAAUCGUGUGCAGUCUAUGUGCAUAAACUGGGACUGGGAAUCCGGAUGUGUACCGGAUCUUGAAGACUCGAGGUGCCUGGAGGAUCCCAUGACGGAGGUAGAUCUGGCGAUCUGGGCGAGGGAGGUCAAGGCGCUGGAGUUGACGGAGGAACGGUUUCCGUAUAUGCCGUACCUUGAGUCGGGAGAUUAUUUCUACGCGGGUGAUCGGUCGACGGGAUUCGUGGAUGUGGCGCUGCCGUUGCUUCUGGCGAAGCUGGUGAAUCUGGAGGUCCUCGAGUGUAGGGGAUACGCCCACGGCGCGUUUUGCUUUCCCUCCAUGUGGCAGACGUUCAAGCAGCCAGUGUUUCGGAAUCUUCAGAGACUGAUUUGGACGGAUUAUGACGGGAUGCCGUGUUUUCCGGUGGUCUAUAUCAUUCCCAUGAUAAUGGUUGCGCCGAGGUUGGAGUGUGUGUCCACAACGGGAGGAAUCGGUUCGAUGGGUGCCGAUGACGAUGUGGAGUCCAUCUUUUUCUCAGACGGGAGACCCGGGCAGAUGCUGCUUGAUGCACUCGUCGCUCCCGGGUUCCAAUGCAACAUCACAUCGCUAGAAUUCAUUAGGGCUAACAUCCAACCGAAGUUAUUCCGGUGGCUCCUCGCACGAACCAAGAAGCUCCAACGGUUCAAAUACACAGUGUGGGAUGAAGAGAAAUUCAUUGGGAUUCCGUACCGACUCAUCCUGGGAGAGAUGAUGGAAGCCUUGAUAGAAGUCCGCCACACCCUUCAGGUUCUCUAUCUCGAUGUGGAACUGCGCAGACGUGGAUAUUUGGCGGAUGAUCUAGCAGUGGUCGAAAACCUAUCAGCCCAGUUCGAGUCCUUUGAGGAUUUUUAUCAGCUGCGGAAGAUGACCGUCAACUUUUACCAGAUGGUCCCGCUCCGCACCGUCCUCACUCCAAUGGCAAAGCCAACCAUCCUCGACCGCCUUCCGCCAAACUUGGAGUACUUCGCCUUCACGGAUGGCGUGGGCAGGGAGAAUAUAAGGAUGCUGUAUGAUGUCACUUUAGAGGAGUAUCACGAGGAGGUCACGAAGAAUAUGUUGCAGGUUCUCCAGGCUAAGGUGGAAGGCGAAAGGAUGCAGAGCUUGCGGUCGGUGGUGACUCCAUUCCCUCACGAUGAGGACUCAAGAUGGGAGCUGGCUGAGGCUUGCAGAACGGGAGGCGUGACUUGUGAAUUUUGGGAUACAGCCUCUGGAGUUUCGGGAGGGGAUGAGUUAUGAAUUCUGUUCUCUCUUUCGCACAGCGAUGUAGUGAUUAAAGACACACGAACAUAAAUGCAAGAAUCCUCCAAUCAAUAGAGAUCGUUUAUUUUUAUAUCGUUGUGUAGAUACUUG